UGUCGCAACGCGCACAACUCCGGGCUACUCGAGAUGUUCUCGCGAGAGUUGGUUCCAGCUGAUCAUGUGACAACCCAAGAUGGCGGUGCCCAGCGAGGCGGAGAAAGAGGCAGAAGUUUACUUAAUAGUGAGCGGUAUACCCUCGCAGUUGCGCUCUGCCCAGCUACGGAGCUACUUUAGCCAAUUCCGGGAACAGCGCGGCUGUGGCUUUCUCUGUUUCCACUACCGGCAUCGGCCGGAGCGGGCCCCUCCCCAGGCUGCUCCUGACUCUACCCAAACUCCUACUGGCCAGGUUCUCGCCCAGACUUCAGUCACCGAUGCCCGCGCUCUCUCCAGUCGGCACUCUGCCCCCUCCCAGACCCGCACCUGCUGCUGCGUCAUCUCGGUACAGGGAGCGGCUCAAGCUCAGAGGCUUCUUCGCAUGUACUCGGGCCGCCGGUGGCUGGAUUCUCAAGGGACUUGGUUGCCGGGUCGUUGUGUCAUCCGCAGGCUUCGGCUACCUACUGAGGCAUCAGGUUUGGGCUCCUUUCCCUUCAAGACCCGGAAGGAGCUGCAGAGUCGGAAGGCUAAGAAUGAAGCCUUCACCCUGGCCGACCUGAGGCAACUACCAGAGCUGAAUCCACCAGUGCUGAUGCCCAAUGGGAAUGUGGGGACUCCCCUGGGGGUCUUUUUGGAGUUGAUCCGGGCCUGCCGCCUACCCGCUCGGAUCAUCACCCAGCUGCAGCUCCAGUUCCCCAAGACAGGUUCCUCCCGGCGCUAUGGCAAUGUGCCCUUCAAGUAUGAGGACUCAGAGACUGUGGAGCAGGAAGAGCUUGUGUACACCGCCGAGGGCGAGGAAAUACCCCAGGGAACCUGCAUGGCAGACAUACCAGCCAGCCCCUGUGGAGAGCCCGAGGAGGAAGGGGAAAAGGAGGAAGAAGAGUGGCACUCAGAUGACGACGAUGACCAGGGUGAGGAGUGGGAGCGGCAUGAAGCCCUGCAUGAGGACGUGACCGGGCAGGAGCGUACCACUGAGCGGCUCUUUGAGGAGGAGAUUGAGCUCAAGUGGGAGAAGGGCGGCUCCGGCCUGGUGUUCUACACUGAUGCCCAGUUCUGGCAGGAGGAAGAAGGAGACUUUGAUGAACAGACAGCCGAUGACUGGGAUGUGGACAUGAGUGUUUACUACAACAGAGGUGGUGGAGACAAGGAUGCCCGAGACUCUGUCCAAAUGCGUCUGGAACGGAGACUCCGUGAUGGCCAGGAGGACGGCUCCAUGAUCGAACGCCAGGUGGGCACCUUUGAGCGCCACACCAAGGGCAUUGGGCGGAAGGUGAUGGAGCAGCAGGGCUGGGCCGAAGGCCAGGGCCUGGGGAGCCGGGGCUCAGGGGUGCCCGAGGCCCUGGAUAGUGAUGGCCAGCACCCCAGAUGCAAGCGUGGAUUGGGGUACCAUGGAGAGAAGCUACAGCCAUUUGUGCAACUGAAGAGGCCCUGUGGAACUGGCUUGGGGCUCAUCUCCACCAUCUAUGAUGAGCCCCUACCCCAGGACCAAGGGGAGUCGCUGCUUCGCCGCCAGCCACCCACCAGCAUGAAGUUUCGGACAGACAUGGCCUUUGUGAGGGGUUCCAGUUGUGCCUUGGACAGCAACUCAAAGCCUGAGUGACAGAUUCAGGGGCUUCCUUAGUUAGGAUCAUUCAUUACUGCACAGUGGCAGCCCCCUGCCAGAUCUCCCACCAGAGCAGAAAGAACUCUGGGAGCAGCAACCUGCAGGACUUGUUCAGGGUGUUUUGUUCUGAACUUGCCUUUAGGCUCUCUACCUCAAGGGCAUUUUUACAAAAAGCCCUCCUACCCCUCUGCCCUUUGAUAUUAGGGCUUAAUGACGUCUUCUCUUUGGUCUCCUAAGCCUAGUUCCUGUUUAGGCUUGCCCGUGGCCUCCCCCAAUACCUUGAGAAGCUGGACUGACUGUGGUUAUCAGCACAGCCUUCCUUGGAGGGUCACCAUGAAGGCCAGAAAGGCGGGGGAAGGGACCUGGGGAAGGAGAGGUUUGUGGGGCUGGGAAGAGACGAUUUGGGGGCGGGCCCUCCAACGCCUCUACCCUUAACCGCCUGGGUCCGGAGAGUCCGCGGGAGGUGGUUGGGUCUGCGACCUAACGGGACGAUAAAGGUUU